UGUUUUUACUUAAUAGUUAAUAUUAGCACCGAGUAAAUAAAGUAUCUGGAAACCCUCUAGUUAGAAGGCUAGUUUUGCAGCAGUGAACUGGGACCAAAUGGUAAUGUUCACAAGUCUGGGAAGUGUGACCAUGCAGUACAAUAAUACAUGUAAUAAACAUCUCAAAUACAGUUUUGUAGCGUUGUGAUUCAUUGUUUGAAAUCGCUUUGAUUUUGGAUCGGGAACUUGAAAGUACUUGACUAUAUGAGAUAAAACUGGUUGUGAAGCUGACCUCAGUUAGUGUGAGUGAGACUUUAGUGCAUUGUGGCCGCAAUAUCAAAAGGGCACUAUUUUAUUGAUUUUUUUUUUUUUUCCCACAGGAGGCGUGACGAAGUAGAUAUAUACCCAAUAACUUGUCUUCUUAAAGCAUCGAUGAAGCUGGUGUGCGUUACGUGACGUGGCAAACACGCGUGUUGGUUUCAAGGCAAUUUGAGCGCAAAAGCCUACAAGUCCCAUGAUGCCUCGGGCCGUGAGGACGUAGGUGUUUCCGGUGUCCCGUAAGUUUUUACUUCCCUCUGCUCGGAUCGACGCGGACAAACCGAGAAAGAAAACGUUCAAAACUACCGAAUGCCAUACAAUACACUCGUCUGUUUAGCUGCGCUUCGUUAGGUGAACAUUUAAACGUGCGCAGCAUGUGGUGAGCCGUGGCCGAAGAAGGAACGCAGCGGGAGACGUUGAGUGCUAAGGUUUAGGCCUCGGAAAGAAAGUUUGGUCGAGGGCCUGUAAACAACAUGUCGUCCUCGUCGCAGUCCUCCUCGAGACGCCAGUGGUGCUACCUCUGCGAUUUACCCAAGAUGCCCUGGGCCAUGUUGUGGGAGUUUAGCGAAGCCGUAUGCCGGGGAUGUGUCAACUACGACGGCGCCGACAGAAUCGAGCUCCUUAUUGAAACCGCCAGACAGCUGAAGAGCACGCAUGGAGUUUUAGAGGGCAGGUCUCCUGGCCCACAGCAGGGCAAAGCGAGCUCGGCCGGCUCCGUGGAAGCCGGGCGGCCGCAUGGCGAUCGGCUCGACAGGGGCAGGGGUGAGUACGGCGGAACGUCUCGCCUUCCGAAUGGUCUGCACAGAGCUGAAGAUGUGGCGCUGUCGGAGAGCAGCCGACAGAGCCCCAACACUCGCAGAGCGAUGGCUGGGGCAGUUCCGAGCCUCCACGGAACGAUAUCCCAUGCUUUGAUAGCUCAGGGCUUAGUCGCAUCCCAUCCGCACGGGCUCCUAGCGCCGAUAUCGGGCUCCAGACCAGGAGGCACUCCCAUUGCUGUUUCGGCUGGCCCCGUCAUGAGCGAUGGUGCGAGAAGACAGGCAGUGGCUCUCGGUGUGGGAGCCAGCACGUCUGCUCUGGUGGGCAUCGACCCAGCCACGUGGAGGAACAGUGAAGUGAUGGCAGAACUCAACGAGGUGGCACGCAGCAAGUUGGAAGGCUGGCCCAACAAACCCAAAGUCGUCAGGGACGUUCUCAUGGCUCUAAGCACCUGUGUUCCCUUCACCGUGCGCUUCAGGAAAGACCACAAUCUGAUGGGCCGGGUUCUGGCGUUUGAUGCCAGCGCCACACCGGAGUUUGAGCUCAAGGUGUUUGUGGAGUAUCCCGUCGGUUCCGGCAUGAUAUUUUUGGGAGUUCCAGACCUGGUCAGGCAGAUGUUCCGUGACUCUGCCAAGGAUGCCGGUAAAGCAGUGAACUCUGGGUUACGCUACGUGGAAUAUGAAAAGCGGCAAGGGACUGGAGACUGGCGGGGACUGUCUGAGCUUUUGAAUGAUGGUGUGCGUAUGUUCAAGGAGCCGCCCAUUCCAGAGGUUCUUCCGCAGCCGGACGCCGGCUUGCCCAUGGCGGCCGCAGCACGUUCUGUCCAGGUCAAGAGCGCAACUCGGCGCCGCAAGGCCUCUCCGGGCUCCGAGAACGGCGAGAGCGACGGAAGACCUGAUCACCCGUCCAGGGAGGUGUGGUCCCGAGGUGCUUACCCGGGCAUGGAACCUCUUCCGGGAAUGGGCGGCCCUCUGGACGGCCCCCCUCGUUUACACAGCCAGCCCUCGCCCAUGUCUGCACUUAUGGGGGUAGCCGACAGCCUGAGCUCCGGCCAGGUCGCCAGAGACAGCCCUGGCAUGUCCUCGGCCGGACGCGCCUCCACCAGCAGUCCCGCCUCCGCCACCGCCUCCACCUCUGUCUCCCAGGCAUCUGCGGGGCCGAGCAGCAGCACGGGCGGCAGCGAGUCGAGCGGCGGCGGAAGCCAGGGCGCCCUGCUUUGCUGCACCCUCUGCCGAGAGCGUCUGGAGGACACCCACUUUGUCCAGUGUCCCUCCGUCCCACACCACAAGUUCUGCUUUCCCUGCACCAGAAGCUUUAUCCGCAGCCAGGGUCAAGGAGGAGAGGUGUACUGCCCGAGCGGAGAGCGCUGUCCCCUGGCUGGAUCCACCGUGCCCUGGGCCUUCAUGCAGGGGGAAAUCUCCACCAUUCUGGCCGGAGACGGAGACGUGACAGUAAAGAAGGAGAAUGACCCUUGACAUCGCCAUUCAUCAGCACUGUGGAUGGAUGAUUGAUUGAUUCCAAAGCACUUCCCUACCACGUAAAGCAAAGCAGAGUGUUCCUUCUCUGAAGUUCAUCGUGUGCCUCUCAGGACUGAAGAGCUCCCGUCUAAGAGGGCAAGACUUGGCUAAAGGACACAAGAAUGAUGCUUUUCAUUGGGCCAUUUUCAAAGCACACCCUUUUUGACUUUUUUUCUCUUUCAUUUGCGUGUAAUUUUGGAAAAUAAGACGGCUCACAUUGAUACUGGUCGUUUACCGAUACGUGCGCCACAAACGCCGCCGCCCCCCCCCCCCCAAAAAAAAAAAAAAAAAAGCAAAUGUCAAAAAUGAACUAACUUUCCUUUUCAAAGCCAAGGGACUCAUGUAAUCUCAAUGUCUCAUUUGUCAAAAUGUGAAUUUCCUUUCAAUAUGGCUAUUUCUAUUUUUGAUACAAUUUGAUUUUUUUUUUUUGUUUAUAGUACAAAGACCAAAGAUGGUGUCAUACUCAAGUGUCACUUUUAUUUUAGUGGUGGAUAUCUUGUAUUCGUUGAUAACCACACCGCUAUUCACUAAUUUGUCCCGGACGUAAGCUUUAUUUACUUUCUGAAAUCUGUAUAAGGUAAUUAGCGUCACAAUCUUAAAUGGUAAACUUGUGAUCUCAAUGAGUCAUUUCUACAGUAAAUUACAGUAGUUGAAAUGUU